AUGUACUUGUUAAUACGUAGGGCGCUGGUAUCUUCAGCUGGCAGACCUCGUGAAGACAGUUGGUUAAAAUCGCUAUUUGUUCGCAAAGUUGAUCCAAGGAAAGAUGCUCACUCCAACCUUCUAGCCAAAAGAGAGACCAGCAGUCUGUAUAAACUACAGAUUCACAAUGUAAAACCAGAAUGUCUAGACGCCUACAACAAGCUUUGUCAAGAGGUGCUGCCAAAGAUUCAUGAAGAAAAACACUACCCAUGUGCACUGGUGGGGACUUGGAACACGUGGUACGGAGAGCAAGAUCAGGCUGUUCAUCUGUGGAGAUAUGAGGGAGGCUAUCCAGCUCUCAAUGAGGUCAUGAGUAAACUACGUCAAAAUAAGGAAUUCACAGAGUUUCGCAAAGAAAGGGGUAACAUGCUUCUCUCGCGCAAGAACCAAUUAUUGUUGGAGCAAUCCAUUUCCAUGUUAAUGGUUGCCAGACCCGGAACAAUGAUUGAGUGGGGAAAUUACUGGGCUCGUGCAAUUCGUUUCCGACAGGAUAGUGAUGAAGCAGUUGGAGGAUUUUUCUCACAAAUUGGACAGCUGUAUAUGGUUCAUCACCUCUGGGCUUACAAAGAUCUCCAGACCAGAGAAGAUAUAAGGAACGCUGCGUGGCAUAAACCCGGCUGGGAUGAACUGGUCUAUUACACAGUGCCCCUUAUUCAGGAAAUGGAGUCCAGAAUCAUGAUACCGUUGAAGAUUUCUCCGCUUCAGUAAAGUGACUGAUUUACUUGUGCCUACAUAGAUAAAAGUGACAAGUAUUUGUCUUAAAUUAAUUUAUGGUAUACGUUGUAUAUCAUAGUCUGAAAUAUAAAAGUACUGUAUUGAGCUUAUGAAAGAGACCUCUUUUCUUCAGAAUCAAUGACCUUUUGCUCUUAGGAUUGUACCAGGAAAAAAAGAAAUAGCGGACUGUAAUUAAAAGGUUGGUUAAGUGAAAACAAACAGGUCCUCAGGUUAAGUAUGGCAUACAGUAUUUAGUAUCUUCUGGUACAUAGACAAUGCCCAGUGUUCAGUAACAGCAACAGAAUGGAACCUUAUAGUUGCUGUGGCCUUUGUGUGGCAUUAUGAUGACUGCAGAUUUCAAAAACAAACACAGGAGUUCUGAAAAUACAAGCUCUGAAGCCGUGGGGCAGCUC